AUGGAUUCGCCGCCAAAGAGAAUCACGAGAGCCCGAGCGGCAGCCAAGUCUGGUGAUUCCGGUGUCAAAAUCAUUACAGCAGCAGCCAAGGCAAAGCUGAUUGGCGCCACCCCCAUCCACACAAGCUCUGGGACCAAGCGUAAGACCAGGUCCGACGACACUGAUGAUGAGGAUGAAUCUUCAAAACGUGCAUCAAACAUCAAGAGACAUCGCGGACGCGUGGGAAUCGAUGCAGACGAUACCGAAGUCAAGGCUGCCCCUCGACGUCUACCGAGGAGACUUGCCAGCGAACCGAAGACAACUGCGCCUACCAAGAAGACAGCUCCAGCCCAACGAACCACAACACGAACGAGAUCAUCUACCGUAACACGAACAACAGCUGCCGCUGCAGCAAAGACGGUGCCCCCCAAGAAGGCGGUCAAGUUUGAUGCUCUUGACAAGGAAAAUAUUGAACCGUCUAAGAAGGUCAAGGAAAACGAUGCCAUUGGCCUGCGGGCCCGUGGCCCCAAGAAGGCUACCGAGACCAAGAAGAAGACCACAGCAGACUCGACUAAAUCUGCCGAAACAGACAAGGUAAAGCCGUUGAGCCCGAAGAAGGUCACGCAGAUGCCAAUGUCUCGAGAUGGCGAGGAAGCCAAGGAUAUGCCCAGCAGUAUUCCCGUGGCCAAGAGUCCGGCCCGUGGUCAUCCCGCUGGUAUUUCGAAAAAGUCCGAACAGGAUAACGCGGAAAGAGAUGUGGAUUCCACCAUUACCAUCAACGCCGCCAUACUCGACAACCAUGAGCUCACCAGUGGUCUUGGGUCGCCAGCUCGCCGGCCUAUUGCUUCGCCUACCAGAGAAAACACACUACGCUCACCAGCAAAGAAGAUUGGCGGAAUCUCUUUCCCCCCGUCUUCGAUGAAACCAUUCUCAAAGAGUGCUACAGAUUCGAGCGGUGAAAACACGCUCGCUUUCAAAAGUAGCCUAUGGCAAACGCCUGCCAAACGACCUCCCUCACCCAUCAAGGGUAUGAAUUUGACUACGAUUCAGACCAAGAACGGCGCCCAGCAUACAGCCAAGCUCUCCAUGUUUCAGUCACCGGCAAAGAAGGGGAUGCCUGGUCUGAAACCUCUGACCUCCAACCAACUCUGCGACACGCCAGCGAUGAAGCCAAUGAUGGUCGAUAGCCGUCGACCAUCGGAGAAGUUGAUUGAAGAAGAUGAGAGUGAUGUUAGUACUGAGGACCUUGCCAACAUCAUUCGCACCGCGCCAAUUGGAAUGCCCAAGUUUACGAGUCAGCCAUCUUGCGUUGUGCCUCGUGACAUUGACCCAACGUUUGAGGAGGAGGCCGAGCCCGUGGAAGAGGAUGACUCCAUCGAGCUUAUCGACACAUCGGGUCUUGUUGAUGACGAGGUGGUUGUUGACAAGCCAACUCUUGUUGACCCUCAGACACCUGAACAGAGAACUCAGUUCACCUUUACUCCCAGCGCACAGUCAACCACAUUUGAGUCGAAUCUGGCUUCAACUUCGAACACGAAGCCUCGAUUCAAUCGCCGGGAAACACUGGGACUCGGUAGCUUUGGCAACGAUUUAACCAACUUUGAUGCAACAAAUCCUCUCAAGGUAGAAGCAACUCCUGCCGCACCUCGACUCCAAUGGCCACAAUCUGCAGCCAAGGGCGCCUCUCCUAUGAAGACUACGUUUUUCGACGACGAAAUGAAUGUGCGUGAAGAUGAGGAUGAAGUCCAAGCUGCUGAGGAUAAUGCUGUGCUUGAGCCUGAAUUCGACGAGAUUGCAAUGACUGCAGAAGAUGUAGCUCUCACCCGCGAAGCCGACCGACUAUCCUUCGGCGGUGGUGAUAUUCAUGGUGCUGCGUCAUCUUUUGAUGAUAACGCUUCGGAGGCAAGCCAAGAGUAUGGCAAUGAGAAUGAUAUCCCUGUCGAUCCUGCUAUGUUGCCACCUGUUACACCAGGCCGAACUGUGUCCACGAUUUACGCGGAUACAACUACCAAAGUUCCUCUGAAGGAUGCUGAUACAUCCACUCCAGGCUUCAAGGGCAAGCGAAGCUUCAGCGCCUCCAGUAUCCCAUCGAACGGCACUGGUAGCCUGCCGAAGAGUGCUACUGUCAUUUCCUAUUCACCGACUAAGGAAAGCAACGACAUGUGGUCUACAGCAGGCACUCCAGCCCAAACUCCCCGUAAAGAGAUCACAUCAAGUCUUUUACGUGGGGCUGUCGUCUUUGUAGACGUCCACACCAGCGAGGGAGCCGAUGCUAGCGGUAUCUUUGUCGAUUUAUUGCAGCAAAUGGGCGCGAAGUGCGUCAAAACGUGGAACUGGAACCCGAACGAUUCGUCAUCCAGCCGCAUUGGUAUCACCCAUGUUGUCUUCAAAGAUGGUGGCAAGAAGACGAUGGAGCGCAUUCGCAAAGCCAAGGGCGUUGUGCAGUGUGUAGGUGUCAGUUGGGUUCUCGACUGCGAGCGUGAAAACGAGUGGCUUGACGAGGGUCCUUAUCUCGUCGACUCUAGCUUUGUGCCCCGUGGCGGCGCCCGACGCCGUAAGAGUAUGGAGCCUCAAGCUUUGGCGAACCUGAACGGCAGCGUUGUCAAGACGCCAUCCAAGGCCAGCAGCAAGGAUAAUGCUACUACAACGCCAUACAACCGUCGACAGAGCGCUAUUUGGGUCCAUACGCCAUCUGACCAGGGCGACGUGGAGGAUGCAGAAGGCGAUGAAGACGAUGUUGAGUGGUCCAAGUUCAUCUUGACGCCAGCUCCCAAGACACCAGCCCCAGCGGCGGUGUCCAAGUAUGCCUCAGAAAUCCCAAUGACACCCUCGUUUGCCGACGAUUCGGAACAACUGUCACCGUCCAAGGUGGAGACGCUUCUGCGAACAUGCCCGUCGACAACUCUACCCAUCCGAACCGUGGGCGAAGGCAUGCUUAGCCCUGAAAAGGACGAGCAAGUCAGACUGCGACUGAUGGCGGCGAGACGAAAGAGUCUGCAAUUUGCGCCCAAGAUUGGUAGCCCACUGGCUCGAACUUGGCAGUAA